AUGGCAGCACACAACCAAACAGUUGUGCACUUGUCCGAGCAGGUGGUGGUGUUGUUUUCCUGCUUCCUGUCGCUGUUGGGCUCUUCGCUCAUUAUUUUCACUUACGUGAGUUUGGCCGAUUUGCGGACAACUCCGCGAAAAUUGCUGCUAUUCCUCUCGGUGGCCGACUGGCUCUCCGCGGUCUCCUACGCCUUUGGAGUGUGGCGAGUAUUUGACUCGGACUCCUUGGACUGCAUAGUUCAAGGAGCGAUAUCCACUUUCGCCAACACCAGCUCCUUUUUCUGGACCGUGGCCAUCGCCGUCUACUUGUAUGUUUUCAUCGUCCGGUCGAGUCAGAGAUCGGCUGACAGCCUGAUGCUGUUCUUUCAUCUGGUCAGCUGGGGAGUUCCUCUGACUAUCACGGUAGCAGCUGUGUGCCUCAACAAGAUUGGCUACACAGCGUCUGAGGUGUCAGUGGGUUGGUGCUGGAUUAGAAUCCACACCUCUGACCGUGUCCUGUGGAUGCUGCUAACUGGAAAGAUCUGGGAAUUCUUGGCCUACCUCACGCUCCCUGUACUUUACAUCCUCAUCAAGAGGCACAUCCACACAGCGCAUGCAGCGCUUUCCGAGUACCGUCCACUCGUCUCCAAUAGGACUGCGUCGUACUCCUUCUCGUCCAUGGCGGAUAUGAAGCUGACUCUCAUUCCCAUUAUCUUUAUUGUGUUGCGCAUUUGGAGCACCAUCCGCUUCAUUCUGUUGCUGGUUGGAUCCCCGGCAAGACUGAACCCUGUGCUGGUGACGCUACAUGGUAUUGGCAACACGUCGCAGGGAGCAGCCAACUGCAUCAUGUUUGUGUUGUUCACUGCGCCCGUCCGCACACGCCUCUUCGCUUUGCUCUGCUGCUGCCGUGCAGACUCAUUGGAGCCUCAGCAAGCGCGGGAUGGAUCACUGAGACCUCACGAGGUGAUAUCUUACAUGGGGCUCCACUAUGAUUGA